GGCCAGAAUACAAAAUGUUCGCCCAACCCUACAGAUGUUCUGCAUGUGGAUGUGGAGAAGAAAAAUCAAAAUGGAAUAUACUCUAAAGAAGAAAAAAAAAUGGUUGAUCGAGUUGGUGAGGGUGACAUUAAUUAUGGCUUAGAAUACUUUAGUUAG